GGACAUAGGCGUCCCUUCCUAUAUAAGUUUCUGCAUUCUUGCAUUGUCAUGCCAUUAACAGAACAGAGUUUGAAAAUGGCCACAGCACCGACGAUCACCGACGUUCAGGUGGAAUUCCUCCACUUCCCUGCGGUGGUCACUUCAUCGGCCACCGGAAAAACAUAUUUCCUCGGCGGCGCAGGGGAGAGAGGAUUGACGAUUGAGGGGAAAUUCAUAAAGUUUACGGCCAUCGGAGUAUACUUGGAGGAUAAAGCAGUGGCAUCACUCGCCGCUAAGUGGAAGGGUAAGCCUUCAGAAGAGUUGAUCGAGAUUCUUGACUUCUACAGAGAUAUCAUCUCAGGACCCUUUGAAAAGCUAAUAAGAGGGUCGAAGAUUCUGCCAUUGACUGGCACAGAAUACUCAAGGAAGGUGAUGGAAAACUGCGUUGCACACUUGAAGUCUGUUGGAACAUAUGGUGAUGCUGAAGCUGCAGCCAUUGAACACUUUGCAGAAACCUUCAAGAAGGUCAAUUUUGCACCUGGUGCCUCUGUUUUUUACAGGCAAUCACCGGAUGGAAUCUUGGGGCUUAGUUUCUCUGAAGAUGCAUCGAUACCAGCAGAAGAGGCUGCAGUUAUAGAGAACAAAGCUGUAUCGGCUGCAGUAUUGGAGACUAUGAUCGGAGAACACGCUGUCUCCCCUGACUUGAAACGCAGUUUGGCUUCACGAUUGCCUGCGGUAUUGAACGACGGCAUUAUACUCUGAAAAUUGAGGAUCACACAUUAUGAACUCGAGUUUUUCAAAUAUUCUUGUUUUCCAUCAUCUUCUGCUAAUGUAUUUCUACUGCUUUAUCAAAUCAAUAAGAUCUGAGUUUGAGUUUCAACGUGUAUACGUUUUAUAUGUGUAAUUUAAACAGCCUUCUCCAAACCAAAAGAUGGUUGUGAUCAGUCAAUGAAAUAAUAUGAAUAUGUACGGAUUUUGUACCAUGUUAGCAAUAAAUAACAGAGAUUUUCUUUUGAUGUAAA